AUGCCGUUCCACCCGGUGACGGCGGCGUUGAUGUACCGGGGCAUCUACACCGUGCCCAACCUGCUGUCGGAGCAGCGCCCCGUGGACAUCCCUGAGGACGAGCUCGAGGAGAUCCGAGAGGCCUUCAAAGUCUUCGACCGCGAUGGCAAUGGCUUCAUCUCCAAGCAGGAGCUGGGCACGGCCAUGCGCUCCCUGGGAUACAUGCCCAACGAGGUGGAGCUGGAGGUUAUCAUCCAGCGGCUGGACAUGGAUGGUGAUGGCCAAGUGGACUUCGAGGAGUUUGUGACCCUUCUGGGACCCAAGCUCUCCACCUCGGGGAUCCCAGAGAAAUUCCACGGCACUGACUUCGACACCGUCUUCUGGAAGUGUGACAUGCAAAAGCUGACCGUGGACGAGCUGAAGCGGCUGCUCUACGACACCUUCUGUGAGCACCUGUCCAUGAAGGAUAUUGAGAACAUCAUCAUGACGGAGGAGGAGAGCCACCUAGGCACAGCGGAGGAGUGCCCCGUGGACGUGGAGACCUGCUCCAACCAGCAGAUCCGUCAGACGUGCGUGCGCAAGAGCCUGAUCUGCGCCUUCGCCAUCGCCUUCAUCAUCAGCGUCAUGCUCAUCGCAGCCAACCAGGUGCUGCGCAGCGGCAUGAAAUAG